AUUCGAGGUGCUACCACACACCGCUGUCCUUCGAAAUAUCGAGCCUGCCAAUGGUCUACUAGAAGGUGCCAAUGGGCACAGGGAGGCUAUCUAGGGUGCUACUGCCCGCUGUAAGAGAACGGCCACUUAGCUUACCGGUAUCGCGUGCGUCUGGUCUGAGGGUAGGUCGGCGGUUCGAAUCGACCGUCCGAUAUCCACUUUUUCGGCACGGCCUCCCUGUCUCCCCUGUGUAUACCCGCGUUUUUGGACCGGCCUCCAAGCCCUCAGGCCCCCGAUUUGACCGUUUUUUGGACCGGCCUACCGGCCGGAAGCCCCACGAUUUAUCCGCACCGCUGGACGGCCUAUGUGCGUAUAUUCCGGGGUCCUAGUAUAUCUGAUCUUUCCCUUUCCCCCUCUUCAUCUUUCGAC